UUUUUUAUGUUUGUUUGUAUUAAAAAGCAUCCGAACUUAUAAAAGUGUAGUGCAGUGCAUAGGACAGCAUCUUGACUCAUAGUACAGUACUGUUGUAUUGAUGGAAGGCAAGAAUGAUUCAUUUGUUUUCUCUGUGUUUGAAAACACUUUAUAUGAUAGUUACAUAUCAGAAACAAUUUCUGUUGGUCAACUAUAUUCAAAACCUCAACUUCUACAAUUGGAAUCUCUUCUUCAGAUAUGUUUUUCUAUUAAUUUGUUUUUUUCAUUAUUCUUCCUCUUUUUCUUACUUUGAAGUUUUAUCACUUGAGAAUCCAAAGAAGUGAGCUUAAGAAUUAGCACAUUUCUUUCCCUGCUUAAGUUUUCAGAUGUGAUCCUCUCUCUCAAUAUUUUUUUUUGUUUUGCCAAAACAACUCAUCUAACUUAUUUGUGCAUAUUUUCUCAGAAAAAAUUGGCAGAUAUAAAUUGCAGUUUUUGACAUUUGACAUUUGUAUAUGGGGAAAUAAUUCCAUUUCUUGUACCCUACUAUAUUAUUUGAAAAUUGUAGUUGCUUUACCAUUUUAAUUUGGAUGAAGGUAUAUAUGAACGUUGUAUCCAAUUAUAAAGAGACAUAUAUAGAAAUUUACAUGGGCUUCUCCAAUUCUUUGAAAGUAUUUAAACAACUCUUGUAUAUGGAAACAAUUCCAACCUUUCGAUAAUUUUUUUUUUUCCUUUUAUAGGGGCUAAAAGUUGAACGAAUUGAAUCAUGGUAGAAUCUAUAGACCCGAAUAGCACUUCAUUCUAUAUACAAGAUUAAACAUACCAUUAAAAUUUAAAAUCUCCCCUAAGUUUUUUUAUUUAUUUUAAAUUUAUUUAUAAAUUUGAAAUAAAAACAUGUAGAUGUAACUAUUUCACAAUUGAUUUUGAAAGGGUCAUCAUCUCCAUGCCAUAAAUGUAAUAGAAAAGAUUUGAAUCCAGUUCCUAAAUAUACGUAUAUAUAUCUUUUCUUUUUUUUUUUUUUAAACUAUCUUUGGUAAAGACUGAUUCAAAGGAAUUUGUUAGCGAAUAACAAUGGUUGACAGUUUAAAAACAAUAUGGCCUUCCUUAUUCCCGGCUCAACAUGUCUUAUUUUAGAAUCAUGAGAAACUAUAAAAACUGUUGUUCGACAUCAAAAUAUAUCUACCACUUCCAUUUCAAAGCGAUGCUUGCCAAUAAGGUGAGGUGGUUUUGAUCGAUUUUGGUUUGGUCUAUUAAAGUCCGAUCCCAUAGCACACCAGGGGUUCGGUCCAAAAUAGACCUUAAAAACCAAUACUAGUUUAAAAUGGAGCUAGUCAAGCUCACUUGUAUCCUCAUCCUUUUUUUCUCUUUUGCUGCAUUCAUUCCCACCCUCUCUGCUGAUGAGGUUUUGCAGAACCAAUCUGAAGAAUCCAAGGCCAUAGAAGUCGCCGACGAAUGGGCAUUAAAUGAAAACGAGACCAACUGCACCAAAUUGUUCACCACACCAAGGGUCACUCAUGUGUCAAGCAACAUCACAAGGAGAGGCCUAGCACGUAAGAGGUACACAGGGCCAUGCAAGCCCACCAAUCCAAUUGACAAGUGCUGGAGAUGCACACCCAACUGGCAUAAGGACAGAAAGAGGCUGGCAAGCUGUGUCAUCGGAUUCGGCCGUAAGACCACCGGUGGCAAGGCUGGUAAAAUCUAUGUCGUCACCGAUCCUUCUGACAACGAUGUCGUGAGCCCGAAGCCCGGAACUCUCCGCCACGCCGUGAUUCAGAAGGAGCCGCUGUGGAUCAUAUUCCAACGCAGCAUGACAAUCAAGCUGAAACAGGAGCUGAUCAUGCAGAGCCACAAGACCAUCGAUGGCCGUGGGGCUAAAGUACACAUCGCUUAUGGUGCUGGUUUUACCAUCCAGUUUGUCCAGAACGUCAUCAUUCACAACCUCUACAUCCACGAUAUCGUGGUUACUAAUGGCGGCAUGAUCAGAGACUCAGUCGAUCAUGUUGGUCUUAGAACUGUGAGCGAUGGAGAUGGCAUUACGGUCUUCGGGUCCAGAAAUGUUUGGCUUGAUCAUCUCUCCAUGUACAGAUGUGCUGAUGGCAUCAUCGAUAUCAUUGAGGGAUCUACUGCUGUCACCAUUUCAAACUGUCAUUGGACAGAUCACGAUAAGGUGCUGCUAUUUGGUGCCCGUGAUACAAACGUUGAGGAUGACUAUAUGAGAAUUACAGUUAUAUAUAACCAUUUCGGAAAGAGGUUGCUAUCUCUUCAUGCGAGGGUUCGAUCAGGAUUCGUUCAUAUCAUUAACAAUGACUACACUCACUGGAACAUGUAUGCCAUUGGCGGUAGCCACCAUGCCACUCUCAUUAGCCAGGGCAAUCGUUUCAUUGCUCCACCCAGGCCUGAAUUUAAACAGGUUACCCAUAGGGACGCCCCUGAGUCAGAGUGGAAGAAAUGGACAUGGAGAUCAGAUCAAGAUCUUUUCUUGAAUGGAGCCUUCUUUGUGCAAUCUGGAGAUGCCAAUGGGGCCAAGCGAAUUGGAGGCCUUGACGUUGUUCAAGCAAAGCCAGGCAGAGCAGUUAAGAGUCUCACCCGCUUUUCCGGUGUGCUAGGUGGUUGCAAAGAAGGUGUACCAUGUUAGGAACAAUUUUUGUGAAUGCCAUGCAGUCACCUCAUCUGUAUUAAAUUUAAAUUUAUUUAUUUUUUAAAUUUUGCAAUACAAAAUGAAGGGGAUUGAGGAACA